AUGGCACAACGCACGGGCCGCUGCGCCAGCCAUUGCACAAACCCGCCCUCCCCACCUUGCAUCCUGGACCUCGUUCUUAAACCUGACCCAGCGGGGUGCACUGGUUGUCACUUAACGUGCGGCCCUGUUGGGCCCUUCUCCUCCUCCCCGGCCUUCUCCCCAGAUGUGUGUAACAGCACCAACCUGCCGGAGGUGGAGAUCAUCAGCCUGCUGGAGGAGCAGCUGCCGCACUACAAGCUGAGGGCGGACACCAUCUACGGCUAUGAUCACGACGACUGGCUGCACACCCCGCUGCUGUCCCCCGACGCCGCCGUCGACCUCACCACCGAGCAGAUCGAGGAGACCCUGAAGUACUUCCUUUUAUGUGCAGAGAGAGUUGGCCAGAUGACUAAAACAUACAGCGACUUAGAUGCGGUCACACGGCUUCUCGAGGAGAAAGAGCGGGACCUGGAGCUGGCCGCGCGGAUCGGCCAGUCAUUGCUGAAGAAGAACAAGACGCUGACGGAGAGAAAUGAGCUGCUGGAGGAGCAGGUGGAGCACAUCCGAGAGGAGGUGUCCCAGCUCCGCCAUGAGCUGUCCAUGAAAGACGAGUUGCUGCAGUUUUACACCAGCGCGGCCGAGGAGAGCGAGCCCGAGUCCGUGUGCUCCACGCCGCUGAAGAGGAACGAGUCCUCAUCCUCCGUGCAGAAUUACUUCCACCUAGACUCGCUGCAGAAGAAGCUGAAAGAUCUGGAAGAAGAGAAUGUGGUCCUCCGAUCUGAGGCCUGCCAGCUGAAGACAGAGACCAUCACCUACGAAGAGAAGGAGCAGCAGCUGGUCAGCGACUGCGUGAAGGAGCUUAGAGAUGCAAACGUGCAGAUCGCCAGCAUCUCAGAGGAACUGGCCAAGAAGACGGAGGACGCCGCCCGCCAGCAGGAGGAGAUCACGCACCUGCUCUCCCAGAUCGUGGACUUGCAGAAGAAGGCCAAAGCAUGUGCCGUGGAAAAUGAGGAGUUGGUCCAGCACCUGGGGGCCGCCAAAGAUGCCCAGCGCCAGCUCACAGCUGAGCUCCGGGAGCUGGAGGACAAGUAUGCCGAGUGCAUGGAGAUGCUCCACGAAGCGCAGGAGGAGCUGAAGAACCUGCGCAACAAGACCAUGCCCAACACCACAUCCAGGCGCUACCACUCGCUGGGCCUCUUCCCGAUGAUCUCAGCCUGCUCCUGCGUGGCUGGGAGGACAGGCGUGAUGCCGCCCAGCUGUGACUCCCCGGUCACCGGCUGCUUUCCCAUGCCCCGCAGCCACCAGAAGCGCGUGUUCGAGGCGGUGCGGAACAUGAACCAGGUGGUGAAGCAGAGAUCACUCACCCCGUCCCCCAUGAACAUCCCCGGCUCCAACCAGUCCUCCGCCAUGAGCUCCCUGCUGUCCAGCUGCGUGAGCACCCCGCGGUCCAGCUUCUACGGGAGCGACGUGGGCAACGUGCUGCUGGACAACAGGACCAACAGCCUCAUCCUGGAGACGGAGGCCGCCGAGCUGGGGGCUGAGGAGCUCGGGAAGAAGCCGGGCACGCCGGGCACGCCGGGCUCGCACGACCUGGAGACGGCGCUGCGGCGACUGUCGCUGCGGCGGGAGAACCUGCUGUCGGAGCGGCGCUUCUUCGAGGAGGAGCAGGAGCGGAAGCUGCGGCGGCUGGCCGAGGGGCCGCCCUCGCCCUCCGGGAGCCUGGCCUCGCUGGGCGCGCUCACCGCCGGCUCCGCCAUGUCCUUCGGCAGCCGCUGCUUCCUGCCCGAGAAGCUGCAGAUCGUCAAGCCGCUGGAAGGUUCUGCCACUCUGCACCACUGGCAGCAGCUGGCACAGCCUCACCUCGGGGGCAUCCUCGACCCCCGGCCCGGGGUGGUCACCAAGGGCUUCCGGACACUGGACGUGGACCUGGUUGAGGUGUACAGCCUGAACGACCUGGAGGAAGACGACACAGGUGACCACCUGCCCCUCCGGGGCCCAGCUACCUCCACGCCCGCCCAGCGCCGCCCCGAGGCCUCAGGUGAGGAGAGGCCCUGGACCCCCGCGCCCCUGGCCGGCGGCCGAAGCUACCCCCGCCGGCCUCAGGCGUCCUCCGAGGAGCUGCGGGAGCCGACCGCCGCGCAGGAGGAGGAGGAGGAGGAGGAGGGGUCUGGGAGCGCCCCGCAGCCACCACCCGGCCGCCACCCAAGCGCACCACCCCGGGAAAUGCAUGUCACAGACCAACUCCACCUUCACCUUCACCACCUGCCGUAUCCUGCACCCUUCUGAUGAGCUCACACGGGUCACAC